AUGGAAGAACUCCAGAAAACUGAAGAAAUAGAGUCAGUGAGAGAGAGCUCACCACUGGAGCUACCACCGGCGUCAAUCUAUAAACCCCAACCACCGUUCACCGCCACAACCAUGAGAGUCUCAUCUCCCCCGGCGGCGUCGUCUCAUCUCGACGACCACCACAUUUCCACUACCGGCUACCGUGAUGCCGAGUCUCUUUUCCGCUCUAAGCCCAUUGUCGACAUCCGAAACACCGAAUCCGCAAUUCGUAAACAGAAGUCUACCGAGAAGACGAUGGAAGAAUUAGAGAAGAAAGAGAGUAAGAAGAAAAAGAAGAAGAAACAGCGGAAGGAAUGUAUCAAGCUGAGAAUGAAGGAAGGAAAAGUUGAGAAGGAAAGACGGGAGACUCUCGAACAAUUUCGAGCUGAGUCCCAAAGACUUCUUCGAGAAACAAGAAAUGUUGCAUUUAAACCUGUUCCUCUGGUUCAGAAGCCAAUUUCGUCGCUACUGCCUCCAAAGCCACCUGAUUCAAUCACGGUACCAGUCUCGCUGCUUCCACUUGAACCAACUCACCAUCUGUUUGAUGAAAUCCCAGAACGAGACGCUGCCAGAUUCUUUGUCGCAGAGGUGUUGCGCAUCAUCUCCAUGACCUUUGAUCCAGGACCACCCAAAGCUACACUCAAAGCCACAACAAUGAUUAUCACAAGGUAUUUUAGUUCAAGAUUAUUAGCAAAUAUCAUUUUUAUGAUGUCCGAUUUAACACAUCUCAUUGAGUCGACCCGAGUUAUCGAAUCUCCGCGUACUGUUGGUGAGAAUAUGAACUUGCUUGUUGGCUUUGAUUCAUUGUUGGUGAGUAUACUUUCGUCUGCUCAGAUUUUUGCUGGUGCAUUCCCUAAGAACUAUGAGCCUCCUUCUGGAUUUUACUUUGAAGUUAAUGAUGAUUCCGAAAUAGUUCAAGAUAACAUGGAUUUGUUCGAUUACAACGUGCAAGAUAGAGUGGACGACUUUGUUGCUGCUGCACUAAUACAAGCAAACAUAACUCGAACAAAUCCCAUAAUGUGGACAAUGGGAACCGAUUUUAAGUAUCAAUACGCACAUACAUGGUACCGGCAAUUGGACAAGCUUAUUCAUUAUGUGAACAAGGAUGGACGUGUCAAUGCUUUGUAUUCUACGCCAUCCAUAUAUACUGAUGCUAAAUAUGCUGCAAAUGAGACUUGGCCAAUCAAAACCGGCGAUUUCUUCCCUUAUGCAGAUCGUGCAAAUGGUUUAUGGACAGGAUACUUUACCAGUAGGCCAGCUUUGAAACGCUAUGUCAGAUUAAUGAGUGGCUAUUAUUUGGCUGCAAGACAACUAGAAUAUUUUAGAGGGCGAAAGAACUCGGGGCCAAAUACAGAUUCAUUAGCGGAUGCUUUAGCAAUUGCUCAACACCAUGACGCAAUCACUGGCACGGAAAAGCAGCAUGUGGCCAAUGAUUAUGCUAAACGGAUGGCGAUAGGCUACAAGGAGGGAGAGGAACUGGUUUCAUCAUCACUGGCUUGCUUGGCUGAAUCAACAUUGUUUACUGGAUGUCAGAACCCAGUUACAAAGUUUCACCAAUGUCCGCUUUUGAACAUUACUUACUGUCUUGCAACAGAAGUUGAACUGGUUCAAGGAAAGAGUUUGGUUACUGUGGUUUAUAACUCCUUUGGUUGGAAGAAGAAUGAAGUGAUUCAAAUUCCCGUUAUCAAUGGUGAUGUUACAGCAUAUUUGGGAGAAAUUCCAUCCAGCUUAGAAGAUGGACAAAUAAAGCUAAUGCUCCACAGGAGAUUGUUGCUUGAUGAUUCAAGAGGUGUUGCAGAGGCCCUAAACGAAACAGUCUGUGUUGUCCUUACAUCAUUAGUUUAUGAGAAGCAACAAAAUUUAAGAAUCAUGAUGAAAAUGCAUGGUCUCGGUGAUGGGCCAUAUUGGAUGAUUUCUUAUAGUUAUUUUCUUGCCAUAUCACUUAUCUACAUGUUGUGUUUUGUGAUAUUUGGCUCAGUCAUUGGAUUAAAGUUUUUCACAAUGAAUGACUACCGCAUCCACUGUUUUGUUCAGUUUAAACAAUGGGAUCCAGGAGAGGAAAAAGAAAACUUGAUUUAG